CUGGGACACGACCAAGUUUAACUUGGGAGAAUUGACCCCCUUCGUUCAGAAUCUCAUCUUACCCUUCGUUGACUGUAACUCCGGCCAACUUUCCAACAAAAUUUGCGGGAUAUUCGAGAUGCUCUUUGUUGCUGAUGAUCCGAGCCACCUGAACAACAUCUUCAUCUCCAUCCAGUCGGCUACAGUGUCCAACAUUUGGAGCGAGAUGGCCGUUUCUCGACUCUUUGGGCCGGACACAAUUGUUACGCCUGCUCUCAACCAGCUCGACCCUCUCAUCGAUCACGUCGAUGCUACUUCUCUGGUGCUUCCUGGUACGGUCGCUGAGAUGUGGAGGCAGAAAAGAGCGAUUGAUUUUGAUGACUCGCCUGAAUGGGUAAACUAUGCUGGAGAGGUCCUAGGUGCCUGGGUCCAUACCGCGGCUUGGUUUUCUAACGAGAUUGACGGAGACCAGUUUGAUGCCUUCGAGAGUGGGAAGUUGGAACACCCCUACGGAGGCACCUAUUGGGACUGGUUUGCAAACCGUGCGCCCAACAUCUUCCCCACUCUCGUGUUCGCGAGGCUUAAAGACGAUGAGAUAAUCGUGACUUAAGGGGGGCAAUUCGUUAUCUGGGACUAUCAAGGGGCGCUUAAAGAACCACAUGCACUAGCGUUGACUUGUUGUUGACUAUUACCAAUAAUUGACAGCGGAUGUCGUUAUAUCCAUCCUAGUUGCGAAUAAGAAGAUAC